AUGGGUCUUGCCGCUGCUAAGAGUAAACAGAGAUUUGGUUUGGAUCCAAGAAAUACAAAUUGGUCCAAUGACACUGGUCGUUUCGGUGCCAAACACUUGACGAAAUAUGGUUGGAAACCAGGUCAAGGUCUUGGAUUAGUAUCUCAUGCUACGGUCACCCAUGUUAAAGUUGCUGUGAAAGAUGAUAGAAAAGGUUUGGGAUCCAAAUUGGCGAAGAAACAUAAAAAUCAAGAUAUGAACGACGAUAUUGUGGGGCUUGAUGUUUUCCAAAGAAUUCUUGGUAAAUUGAAUGGUAAGGAAGACGAAAUCAGCGAUGAACUUGAAAGACAAAGAAAAGAUAAAAUCAUAAAUGGGUCUUGGGGUAUAUCCUUUAUAAAAGCAGAAACAUUGGAGAGUACAUGGGACGCCGAAAAGAAGAGGUUUGUAACGAGCAAGGAAGAAUUAUCAUCAAACAAGAGAUCACGAAGUGAAAUCGAAGAUGAUGAAACUGAGCCUGAAUCAAAGCACAAAAGAUCGAAAAAAGACAAGAAGGAUAAAAAGAAGCAAGAAAAAAAGGACAAGAAGGAUAAGAAAGAGAAGAAGGAUAAGAAAGAGAAGAAGGAUAAGAAAGACAAAAAAGACAAAAAAGACAAAAAAGACAAAAAGGACAAAAAGGACAAGAAAGACAAAAAGGACAAGAAAGACAAAAAGGACAAGAAAGACAAAAAAGACAAAUCCAGCAGUCCAUCUUCCACUUCUGAAGCUACCGAACGAAUUGUUUCCUCCCGUUUAGCAGCAAGAUCCAGAUAUAUCAGACAAAAGAAGGCAGCUACUAUGGAUGACAAAGCCAUGAGAGAAAUCUUUAUGAUUCCAAAUUGA